AUGAAUGAGUUGGCCAUCCGUAACGCAGCCGCCAGGAGAUAUGCGCACGGAGAGAAGCUCGACCUCGUACCCCAUCACCCAUGGGAGCCAUUUGGCUCGGGGAAGUUCCCGCCCUUCCAAGACGACUACCAACCGCGCUCGCUCCAGCCCACAGCGGAGGAGCUCAAGCCGAAGAAGCCUCAGCUCAAGAUCGUGGAGCCGCUGCGAGCCGGCAGAGACGUCGGCUCUCAAAUUCUGCUCUGCAAGGUCGUUCAAGCACCUACGGACCGCAGCGACGUCAAGAAGCAUGCGCCCUUUCCAAGUUUCCCCAGACAGAGCAAGGUAAGGCGAUCAGACAACUUGGUCGUCGCAAAGGUAUUCGACCCCCGGCUCUAUCCCAUGCGCGGCGGACUCGACCUGGCCAACGAACCCCCCUUUGACGACGCCACCGUCGCGUACAGCAGGCUCUGCCGCGAGGCCGCGGUGUACCAGUUCCUCUACGAGAAAGGAAAGUCCGGACACCCUCACAUGACUGCUCAAUACUAUGGCUGCUGGGUCACCAACCGCAAGGCCUUGAACAGCGAUUCGUCCCCGGACGCCUGGGUCGGCCUCAUUCUCAUCGAGUACAUUGAAGGCCUUUCGAUUGAGGCCAUGUGCACUCGCGACCGUAACACCGGAUACCUCCAGCCGCCGCUAGGCAGGGAUGUUUCGCUUCAUAGCGAUCACAAAGCGGAGGGCAGGGGCCAGGCCAAGAUGCUGCCGCUGGAUCGCCAAGUAUGCUUGGACGCCAUCAAGAGCCUCCUCGGUCAGAUCGUUGUGUGCAUGCAUCUGGGCGUGUCCGUCCCCGACAUCUUUCCUCGCAACGUCUUCCUUACUCUCCGAAACAACGGCCUUGAUCUCCCGACGCCCAGAGUCGUCAUGUUGGACCACCUGUUCUCCUAUGUCUGGGAGCACACCGAAGCUGGCAAGGCAGGGGUACCAGCCUACUUUGCCCAUAUGAAAUUGCCCCCCCACCCAUGGGAACAAUUCGGUAUACGCGGUAAGAUGCGUCAAUUCCUCGGUUGGAUCCCUGAGGAAUGGGAUGAUGGCAAAGCAUGGUCAGAGACAACGACCACCCAGGGGGCUGCUGCCACCACCGCAAAGUCCUUUGACGACUGGCUCGUGGACUGCUUCGGUCCUUUGCAAGACAGCAACCCAGAUUAUACCGUAUACCCAGAGGAGGUCUCUGACAUUUUUCAUUUGCUAACUUUUUCUCUUCAGAUUGAUCAAGAGCAGGCUUAUGCGGAGAUGCUAAGACGUCGAAGAGAACGGGAGGAUGUACGUGCCCGGGAUGCCUCGAUCCCGCAACGCCCAGGCCCGCGCCAGGCCCGCACCACCCAGGACAUCUCCCCCGGCUCACCCACGCGCAAGGCCGCAGCGGAAGAAGGAGAAGGAGGGGAGCAAGAGUCCUCAACGACGUCAACCAGCUUCAUGUCCCAGGUCGCCAACAGCCCCUCUCACCAGUAUCUUGGCGGGCUCAUUGUUCGGGAAGCCACCGGCUCGGGCUCGGGUAGCGACGACGAGCAGCAGCAGCAACCGCCGCAGUCCUAA